AUGUCUCCUCCUAUGUACCCAGUUCACCCCUCAUAUGCGAGGCAUCGCGCGAGGACUACCAGCCUGUCAACAUCACAAAGUCAAGGCCCUCACAGUACCCACCAUGCGCGCUAUCCUGCGGGAUCAGGAAUAUACGGUCCACCUCAUCACGGACAGCAAUCCGUAGGAUCGUAUCCUCCUCCUCCGCUCCCCAUACUCUUCCAUCCAACGCAAUCAGGCCAAAUACCUCCUGGAGCGACACCUGGCCAAACCUUCAUCCCUCCUGUGAUAUCUUCUGUACCUCAUCCCUAUCCAGGCGACGGAAGACAUGGAAUGGAUUACCCCUCUGUACCUCCUCCCUUUCCACACGACGGAAGACAUGUCACUAGACCCGUUCCACCCCCUGAAAGGUCCGAGUUAAUUCCAGCGUCGGCCUCUGCAUAUACCGGACGAUACCCUGAUCGUGCUUCAGGUGGGUACCCGGAGUAUACCCUAGCACAUCAGUCACAACGCGGUUACCCGGCUCACUCUGAUCGUGUCAAUGACAAUCUCUCUCCUCUGAGUUUGUCAACUCUGUCUCUCGCUCACUCAGACUCUGACUCGGCAACCCUCGUAAACUCUCCUCGAUCGCUUUGGCCUCCGUCGCCGUCCGUAUCAUCGCUCUCUGGGACGAUAGCAAGCUAUUAUGAUAUCCCAUCUCGCAGCCCCAGCCCUUCAGUCUUUGAGGAUUCCACGAACGGCAGAGAGACCCCACAAGCCAUAGAGCUGCACCCCCGACCCGCCCGCGACCAGUCCUUAGAUGAGCCCCCUAGGAUCUUACAGCGAGUGCCACAAGUCAUGUGGUGCCCCUGCAUCGACAGUUCCCGUGGCGUGCUUGACGAACACUAUCGUUGCUGUGACAAAAGGGUACCGAUGUCGGUCGACAGUAUCAAGUUCUUGUCGAAACGUCCUCGCGAUGUGGCACCUGGUAUGACCGGCAUUGCGAUAGAGAACGGAUUUUGGGUGUCGAGAGGGUUGGAGUUCCUGUCCUUUCCGGACGAUCUGGCCCUGGCUGAUAAUUACUUCGAACGGGAACUAAGGAGGAAGAACCUCAGACUGCAUCUUCUGUGGGAUGGGUAUGAACGAGGUGUUGUACGGGAGGUGCAUCCAAGGCAAGGAACGCUGACGAAGAAACAGUUGGCGGCCGAAAUCAGCGAACUUGUGUCGAGCUUUUACAGAAAGGUUGCACGCGGCGAAAGAAGGUGGAUUCCCUUCGCUCAAGACUUACAUCGGCGGGACUAUCGGUGGGACCUUAUGCAUGGCCAUAACGGCGCGGGGACUAAGCAGGAGGAUCUCGUGGUCGUGAAGUUGGACCAUCGAGGCGGCGAGAACUGGCAGCUUGAUUUGCGGUGGGUCGAUCCUACUGACAUUCAAGGGCAUGCUUGA